CUCAUAUCAUAAUCAUUUCGCGAUUUAUUUACUUUAGUUUACUUUUUAAACAAAAUAUUUUUGUAUUUUUAAACAAGUUUUGUCACAUGUUUUAAUUAAGAUUAUCUUAUAGAUAAUUUAUAGCUUUAUUAAGAUGGUGAAAAUUUGGUUAAUGGAUCAAUCUUCUGAGAAUCCUUAUUUAACUCAUAAAAGAAAUCCAAACGUAGCGUUACCUGUUGAUGAAAUUUCCAAGUUAGGUGUUUUCUACAAAAAAAUGAAAACUGAAGACUAUGAAGAAGGUGAUAAGUAUUUGGAUGACCCAGAACUGAUUUCUUUACGGAAUGAAAAAAAUUAUUCUUACUGCGAUUUUAUUACUGUCUCAGAAAAAGAUUUGCCAAAUUAUGAAGAAAAGAUUAAAUUGUUUUUUCAAGAGCAUACCCACACUGAUGAUGAAAUUCGGUAUAUCAUUGAUGGUAGUGGAUACUUUGACGUAAAAAAUCAAAAGUCUGAAUGGGUUCGAAUUUUUGUUAGUAAAGGAGAUCUGUUAAGCUUGCCAGCUGGUAUGUAUCAUAGGUUUACAGUUGACGAAAACAAGUACAUAAAAGUAAUUCGCUUUUUUAUUGGAGAACCUGUUUGGACUCCAAUAUAUUUACCUCAGUCUGAUAACCUACCAGAAAGAAAAGAAUAUAUUAGAAAGUAUCUUGAAUCAUCAUGAUUAUUAAUACUUUUAUGACUUUUAUUUAAAGACUUUUACUCUAAAUAUUAAUUAGUUAAUUAAGAUUUAUUAUCUAUUAUUGUUUGUAAAAAAAAAAAAGGUAACAAUUCAAGCAUAUAUUCAAUUUAAAUAUAUUCAAGUUAAAGGAAUAUUAAAUAAA